AGACUCAAAUUCUGAUACAGACACACAAGUUGAACUUGAGCAAAAUUUGCCAUACCAUAUGAUUCUGACAACGGUGUAGCUCUCUGUUUAAAACGAACUGUACAACCAACUUUUUACAAUUUGUAGCUGUACUUAUUGUACACAUAGAUAUAGAGUAUUUCAACGUCGCGGCACCCAACCUUAGUAUUUCCACUAGUUUGCAAUAGAUUGAUCUGUUUACACUGAUAUCGGCAGUCGCAAUACUCACGGCCACACACAACAUGGCAUGUCCGUUCUUUCGUCGCGCCGACUCGCUAACACGCCAGCCAUCGGUUAUUGUCGAACCGGGUACGCAUUGGACCCUGGAAGAUGAGGAGUUGGCCGACGAUGCUCUUACCUUGACGCACUUGCAGAUGGCUAUACAGCUACUGACGGCGCCUUCAAAUGAUGAUCUCAACACGGCUGUAAACUCCCUAGUAACCAAAUAUCGCCAGAGCUGGCCCAAUAUACAUAAACUCAAACUUGAUCCCAACACCUUCAAGAGCUAUUCUAAUUAUGACUAUUUGGGGGACAUUCAGGAGCUACUUCUAGAAAUGGAUGAGGCCAGUGCCAGUGAGAUUCUUGUGCUGUUAGGUGAAGAAUUAAUCACCUGCUGUUGCACAGGCAUUAUAGAACGCGCCUUUCGCUGUUUGGGCACGGAUUUACAGGAGUUUCUAGGUUCUUUAGAUGGUGUCUACGAUGUGCUCAAGUUACAAGAGGAUGAUGUUACCGAUACAGGCUUUGUGUGCGCAGGAGAGGGUGAGUUGAUCUUUACCUCGGAGCGUCCAGUCAUAGCAUGGCUUCUCUUGGGAUCGCUUAAGGCGUUAACACGCAUGCUUUAUAAAGUGGACGUCAACAUUAAAAUUGAGCCGGUGGAGGGCGAUGCACGACGCUACCGUUAUCUCUUCUCGCUAGUAAAAGACAGCUCCGCUUCGUUGUUAGAGCGGAUUGUGGGUGCACCUGCUAAGCUACACGAGACAGUGCAGCGUAGCAGCUCGAGCAAUGCUGCCGACUUGGCCAUAAGUUCGGCGAGUUUUUGCAAAAUGUUUCCGUGGCAUUUUAUCAUGAACGAAAAGUUGGAGCUGGUGCAACUAGGACGAGGCUUCAGUAAGUUAUAUAAGCCGUAUUUGGCUGACUUUGGAUGCUUGGCUACUACGUAUUUUGACUUCAAGAGGCCCAAGGGCUUAAAUAUGAAAUUUCGGGACAUCGUGCGACGUACCUAUACACCCUUUUUGAUCGGUCUAAAUAGUCCUCCAGGUGUACAGGACUUCUCGGCAAUUGGACUGGAGAUAAAAGGACAGAUGGUACACUGCCCGGAAUCGAACUCACUUCUGUUUAUUGGUUCACCUUUUCUGGAUGGUUUAGAUGGCCUAACAUGUAACGGACUUUUCAUCUCGGACAUUCCGCUGCACGAUGCAACGCGAGAGGUGAUUCUUGUGGGCGAGCAGGCACGAGCCCAAGAUGGAUUGCGUCGACGAAUGGAUAAGUUGAAGAGUAGCAUUGAAGAGGCCAACUCGGCAGUAACCAAGGAGCGCAAAAAAAAUGUAAGCUUGUUGCACUUGAUAUUUCCAGCCGAGAUUGCAGAGCGAUUGUGGCUUGGUGCAAGUAUUGAUGCGAAGACCUAUCCGGAUGUGACUAUUCUCUUCUCCGAUAUUGUCGGCUUCACAAGCAUUUGUUCGCGUGCAACACCAUUUAUGGUAAUCAGCAUGUUGGAGGGAUUGUAUAAGGAUUUUGACGAGUUCUGCGACUUUUUUGAUGUAUACAAAGUUGAAACCAUUGGUGAUGCCUACUGUGUAGCUAGCGGCCUCCAUCGCGCAUCGAUAUACGACGCCCACAAAGUGGCUUGGAUGGCUCUUAAAAUGAUUGAUGCCUGCUCAAAGCACAUCACACACGAUGGUGAGCAAAUCAAAAUGCGAAUUGGCCUACAUACAGGAACGGUACUAGCGGGCGUGGUGGGGCGAAAAAUGCCCAGGUACUGUCUUUUUGGACACAACGUGACUAUCGCCAACAAGUUCGAAUCUGGUAGCGAAGCGUUGAAGAUUAACGUCAGCCCAACAACCAAAAACUGGUUAACCAAGCAUGAGGGAUUUGAUUUUGAUCUUCAGCCGCGUGAUCCAUCGUGUCUGCCCAAGGAAUUUCCAAAAUCGAAUGGCGGUGGCACGUGCUACUUCCUAGAAGGAUAUCGUAAUCCCGUGCUGGACAGUAGCUUGCCUCUGGUUGAGCACAUAAACGCAGCCAUGAAGAGGAUAUCCGAAGGCGGUAACGCCUAAGCAUCGAUCGCUAGCAUGGACUAGACACGCGACGUGCACCUAUAUAUUUUGAAUUUAGGAAUUAACUAGUCAAAUUUUGUGUCACUCCCCGCUUUUAGCAUAUGUAUGUGUGUGUUACCAUUAAAUAAAAUUUUC